AUGGGUAGUAUGCGACUGGGAUCCUCUGAGCAGUACGACGUGAUCGUUGUUGGAGGAGGGAACGCAGCCUUGUGUGCCGCAUUGGCGGCGCACGCCUCUGGUGCUCGCGUGGUGAUUCUGGAGGCGGCUUCGGAAGAGGAAAGGGGUGGGAACAGUCGAUUCGCAGGCACAGUGUUCAGAGCUCCGCAUACCGGUCUAAAUCAAGUCAAGGGAGUACUCUGUGAAGACGCUCUUGAAGACGUCUCUCUUUGCUCAAUGUCAUCGUAUACGCCUGAAGAUUACCUGAAAGAUCUGCAGUCGACCUCCCUUGGGCGUAAUGACCCUCUUCUGUCCGAAAUCCUGGUGCAACAUGGUUGGGAGACUAUAGAAUGGAUGAAGGAUAAAGGGGUCAAUUGGGAAUUGAUCGUACGCAAAUACUACAACGUUGAGAAUCUCAAAGAUGCGGGCAAAAUCGACAUUAUGAGUGGUUCUCCGGUGAAGUGUGUCGGCGACGGUGUUGGUUUGAUCCGGGACUUGUACGCUGCCGUCGAGAGAACGGAUAUUGUGGUGAAGUACGGGCAUCCUGCUCACGAACUGCUGCUGGCCGGUGAUGCCGUGUACGGUGUCAAAGUCCGCCUGCGGGAGAAGUAUGUCGAUUUCCACGGCCAGGUUAUCCUGGCUUGUGGCGGAUUUUCAGCCAACCCGGCCAUGAGACGACAAUACCUCGGUGAAGGUUGGGAUCUGGUAACAGUUCGUGGCACGAAGCAUAACACUGGGACAAUGUUGCGGCGAGCGAUCGAUGCCGGUGCACGACCAGUCGGACACUGGGGGGGUGCGCAUGCAUCGCCUCAAGACAUCAACGCACCGCCUGCUGGGGACAUCACGAAAACUCCGGUUAUCCCUCGAUAUUCGUACACCUAUGGUAUAAGCGUUAACAUUGAGGGGAGGAGAUUUUUCGAUGAGGGUGAAGAUACUUUUGCAUUGACUUAUGCAAAGAUCGGGAAGAUGAUUGGCGACCAACCUCAGGCCAUUGCAUAUCAGAUUUUUGACCAACAGACCUUGUACCUCCUCCAAACACGAUAUUCUACCGGCACUCCGAUUGUGGCAGAUACAGUCAGAGAAUUGGCAGUCAAGCUGAAGAUCAAUCCAAAUGUCCUGGAGAAGACUGUUUCCGAUUUCAACAAUGCUUGUCCGGAAAGUGCCAAUUUCGACCCGCAACACUUAGACGGGCUGUGCACGAACUCUUCACUCUCGCUCCCGAAAUCCAACUGGGCGCUGCCGUUGAACAAAGGGCCUUUUGUAGCUUAUGGAGUGACAUGUGGCAUCACAUUUACCUAUGGCGGCAUUGCUUCUGAUACUCGGGCAAGAGUACUCAACAACGAAGGGAAGCCUAUGCCGGGACUUUAUUGCGCCGGAGAAAUUGCUGGUGGCGUCUUUUACCACAAUUAUGCUGGAGGGGCAGGUUUGACCAAAGGAGCCGUUUUUGGCAGAAUCGCUGGGAAGGAAGCCGCGACACAAGCGCAGUUGGGUCUGAGCGUGAAGAAGUAG